ACCAAAAUAGACAUAGUAGUGAUUUUAAGUUUGUAUUAGGCUUGUUUUCACCCACCCCACUUUUAGCUCCAAAAUGUGGGCGAGAAUUAGCAAAUACGUCUGCCUGGAUUGUUGCAGGUUGUAGCCAUACAACUGAAAACACGGGUCAGCCUGCAUAUAUUUACAAAUGGUGGGAAAAUGAGGAAUCUAUGUCAAAUGGACUUGCGCAAAAUGGGACGGAUCAAAUGAGAGGAGUGUAAUUUGCAAGGAUCAUUUUAACGAUUGUGAUUUCAAAGGGUUUUGGAUGGGAAAAAAAUGUAAAAUACUCAAGCCGAUCCCAAAAAUCAGGAGGACCCUCGAGGGGAGAAAGACUGAAUCAGAAGCUGCGGGAAAACCGAGAGAAAAAGAGCAGACUCGGAGUUCAAAAACAAGAAAAAAAAGAAGAUGUCACGACCACCUCCUCCUGUGAUGCCUCGAAAGUCCUCAGGCGUCCGAGUCAUGCCACUCCGAGGACACCAACUUCUCUCCAGCCAGCCCCCCAAAAGCGCUGACUAUGGAAAUGAGGAGGAUGCCAACGUGGAUGCAAACCAUCCGUCCCAAUUUAAUGCAGAGAGAGAAGUGGAGAUUCUGAACCACUGUUUCGAUGACAUCGAGCGAUUCAUGGUGCGCUUGCAGCAUACGGCCGAGGCCCAGAGUAUUCUCAGCCAGAGGAUGAAGAGAAGCAGGAAGAGCAAGACGAAGAGCCAAGAAGAUGACUUGUUGACCGUGAAAGCCAUUCCUCCGGCAGAGGAGGAAUUUGUGGACCUGUUCCAGAAAUUCAAGUACUCCUUCAGUCUACUGGAUCGUCUCAAGUUGUCCAUAACAAAACCGGACGCGCCAGAGCUGCUGCAUCACGUCUUUUUGCCUCUGAACCUGAUCGUAAAAACUACAGGUGGGCCAGCUUUAGGUGGGUCAGUGAUCAGUCCUGCUCUGACCAAUGGGGCUGUUUCGCUACUGGAGGAGCAUCUGACUAAGGAGGAAAAAGAAUUGUGGACUGAAUUAGGACCCUUCUGGACGUCACCUUGUUCCCAGCUCAGCGUGUCCGUCCCUCCGUACUUACCUGUCUUCCUGGAUGGAUGGCAACCACAGGCGUUCGACUCGUCUGGUUUGCCUUUGGAAGAUCCCGUCGAGUCGCAGCACAAACAAAACGCUCAGCAGGGUCGAGAUCACACGAUGGGAGGCAUUUUUGAAGAAGCAGACGAAGUAGAGGGAGAAGGGCUUCCACCGGUGGGUGAAAGACAUUACUGCUGCAGUUACGACUUUGUUGCAAGAAACAGCAGUGAGCUCUCAGUGCUGCAUGGUGAAACACUGGAGGUCAUUGAGUCAUCAAAGAGGUGGUGGAAGUGCCGCAAUCGCUUUGGCCAGAUCGGAUUUGUUCCGUCCACCAUCUUGGAACCACUGUCUGCUCUGAAUAACAACUGUGAAGAAGACAAGCCAACGACGUCACCUGUUUCGCCUUGCUCGACAACAUUCACUCCGUAUCCCCCGCUGAGCCCGGUUGGAACGUGUCUGACUGCUACGAGUCCGACAACACAACUGCCCCAGGGCAUGGGUUUACCACGCAGCACGUCACAAACAGAGAAUGGAGAUCGAGUCCUGAUAAUGAAUGACGAGCUUCUCCAAAAGAUGGCAGAAAAAAGAGGCUCUAUGCGACCCCCUCUUUUGGUUCCUCGCUCCGCGGAUACUUUUCUUCCCCUGAACUACCACUCCCCACCUGCUGAGGUGAAGGCCUGGCUCACUGCGAAGGGCUUCAGUCAGCCGACAGUCCAGAGCCUGGGCAUUUUAACGGCGGCGCAGCUUUUUUCCCUGAACAAGGAGGAACUCCGUCAGGUGUCCCAUGAGGAAGGUGUCAGGGUUUACAGCCAGAUUAUGGUGCAGAAGGCCCUUCUUGAGGAUGUGCGAAAAGCCUCAGAAUUGGAGAAAGUGAUGGAGAAGCAAAAGUUGAAGAUCGGCAUGACAGAGUGAGGCUGGGAAUUAAAUGGACUUUUUGCAUGCAGGGAAGUAACUGUAAAUGUGAACCAUUUAAUUACAUGUAUAGUAAUGUAUCUGAUGUGCAGCUGAUCUGACAAAUGGCUCACUUUGGAUUUUUAUACAAGUACAGUAAACCCUUGUUUAUUGCUGUUAAUUGGUUGCAGGUUUGACCAUAGUAAAUCAAUGUACUAUGGUCCUAGUUUUGUGUUUUACUAUAAGUAGUCCCGUCAUCCUUUAUUCAAGCAACAUAUAUGACUGCUAAGGGUUUUGAUAGUGAUAUGAUACAGACUGAGCCACUAUAUAAACCCACAUAAACGUGCAUUCUGAAGAGGAGUCAGCUGCUGAUUUUUUAUUGAAAACUGAUGCUUGCAUUUUCAGAGCUAAUAAAGUUAAUGAACUGUUGUCAUUUAUAUUGAAGAUUUACAACAAGCAGACAAUGUUGAAUUAUUGAAUUCCAAUGUGUGCAUUUUUGUAUCUUAUUGAAACUUACAGUAAACAUUUUUUGCACAAGACGAUUACAACAAAGCGCACCAUAAGGACUUCAUUUAUACAACAAUAACAAUUCCUAUGUAGCUCUAACUAUUAUUUACAG